AUGCUGCGCUGCCGGAGGAACAUGAGGUGGGGUCCGAGGAGGAAAGCAGCCAUGCCUGGAGCUGCUGGGGGGACGACGGGUAGUGUGUGUGUGGACAGCGGGACGCAGACAGAUAUUAGCUUCCAGCACAUGGUGACAUUAGGCAGACCCGUCCAUCACAACAGACCAGCGUCGCCUCCAUCCCCUCCACUGCCGCCCAUGCCAGAGCCCUACCUCUUCAGCCAGCUCCCUGCUGUUGAUCAUGUGUAUUACGACCCAACGGACUACUUUGACAUCAGUCAACAUGAGGUGGACAGACAAGAUGACCUGGAGUAUGAGGAGGUGGAACUGUAUAAAUCAUGUCAGCAAGAUAAACUGGGUUUAACGGUGUGUUAUCGCACUGAUGAUGAAGAGGAUCUGGGUAUCUACGUGGGUGAGGUCAACCCUAAUAGCAUUGCUGCUAAAGAUGGCCGAAUCCGUGAGGGAGACAGAAUACUGCAGAUAAAUGGGAUGGAUGUGCAGAACAGAGAGGAAGCAGUGGCCAUCCUGACCAGAGAGGACAGUACCAACAUCUCUCUGCUGCUGGCACGACCAGAUAUUGAGAAUGAGGCUGAUGAUCUGGAUCUGGAGUUGGGCGAGGGCCUGGAUCUAGAGGACUUGGAAAAUGUCUCGAACUCACCCAGUCCUCAGCAGCGAAUGAAAACUAGCUCUGUGCUGAGUGACAUCAAUGGGAUCCGAGCUGCUCGGCCCAACUUAUGGCACACUGCACUCAAUAACAGCCAGGAGCUGGACAGCGGGGUGGGUCGGACCGAUGAAAGCACACGCUGUGAAGAGUCCUCCGAGCUGGCUGACGAUGCCACCAGCGCAUGCACAACCAAUGCCACAAAUACACCCGGCAGUUUACGCAAGUUUCGCGCUGCUCAGCACGGAUGGGAAUUUCACUACAGCAACGACUCGCUGCUGGGGCCAGAUGCAGCGGUGGAUCACGGGGCUCCUGAAUCACUGGGCUCGGUGACCAGCAGAGCGCUGAUGCCAGGGUUAACUGAAGAGGAAUAUGAACGCUACCGAGAGCUACUGGAGAUCCGCUGCCUUUACGAGAAGAACGGAAAUGCACUUUUUCUUUUGGAUGGAAGGAACCAUGGUGGUGGAGGAGGAGGCGAUUUUGCAGGAGCAGGUGUUCCUGUAGACAUGAAUUGUAACGAGAGCCUGAUGCAGCACGAGAUUGCUCUUCUCGAUGAGGAAAUACGUCACCUGGAGUUUAAGUGGCGCAAUGUUUUGCGGGCUCAAAAGAUGCAGCAGUUGCGCCAACGCUGCCUAAAGGUCUGGCCAGCCGACGAAGAGGAUGACGAAGAAAAAGGAGCGAAGGCAAGGUGUGGAGGUGCAGAGGCGAUCCACCAUGACCUGUCGGAUAUCAACGAGAUCCCAGAAAGGGAACGCUCUGAUAAGGAGAGUACAAGCGCUUAUAAUACCGGCGGGGAAAGUUGCAAAAGCACGCCUUUGGCAAGCGAACGAUACCCUUCACUGUCUGCGGCUGGAGAUUCCAGUGCCUCUGCAACCAUGCGACCUCGGACGCCCCGUCACAGAACAAGCACAAGCAGGGAUAAGAAUCUAAACGUACCUUCUUUAUCAGAUGCCAAGAAAAAGAGUGAAGAAACAGCAGACAACAAAAACUCUACUCCUGCAAGGCUUCGGUCUUUAUCCCGGAAUGCCGGGAGUAGUAGAAAAGGCUUGGAUGGAGCACGAAGGGGGUCCCAUGCAACUGGGAGUCUCACUACAGGGAUCAUGAAAGGGGGAAGGAGUGCAGAAAACAGUCCAUACUUGUCCCGUCGCCGCUGCAGUACCACACUGCCUCAACGCUACCAGAGUUGCAUGCAGUUGAAAGACAUCUCUACAAACGACAGUCCAGAAGAUAGGGACGCCAAUGAAGAGGUUCCUUCUCACUCCAAUACCUUAACUAGAGCUGCUCCUGCAACUUCUUUGAUUAUACCUCCUCCACUGCCUCCAUCUUCACCUCGAAUGGAGUGGAAGGUAAAGAUCCGCAGCGACGGCUCGCGUUAUGUCGCCAAACGUCCGGUAAGAGACCGUUUGCUAAAGGCUCGUGCCAUGAAGAUUCGAGAGGAGCGCAGUGGGAUGACCACGGACGAUGAUGCGGUCAGUGAAAUGAAGAUGGGACGCUAUUGGAGCAAGGAGGAGCGUAAGCAGCAGCUGCUGAGAGCUCGCGAGCAACGGAGACGCCGUGAGUUCAUGAUGCAGAGCCGACUGGACUUCUUGCGGGAGAAAGAGAAGGAACAAGACUCCGGACCUCAAGGACAGGCUUCCAUACUUGAGCUGAGCCAGAAAAAGAGUAUGAAGAAACGCAGCCGACGCAUCCUGGACAACUGGAUCACCAUUCAGGAGCUGCUGGCACAUGGGACCCGUUCUGUAGAUGGGAAGAAAGUGUACAACCCUUUGCUAUCUGUGACCACUGUUUAAUAAAUGAUGUGAAAUGAGACCUUUUAACAAGGAAAAAGAUAUUUGGGUUACAGAGUUUACCGAUUAUUUGCGACUGUCUGACAAAGAUGCCUUGCAGUUUAAUCAAGAAAUGUUGAUGAAUAUAAAUGUACAAGAAAGAAAGGCCAAUGGCAAAUGAAUGUAAAUUUUUCAUAAUUAACAUGAACUCUGGGAGCAUCUCUCUGUUCCUAUACAAAUAUCUUUGAUGCUUGACAUUUCAGAGUCACUCUCAGACUGUUACAAUGCAGUGGUCUUGAGCAUUUCCAAACCGGAUUAAAACAUUCAUUUCUUUCAUAAACACUUUUCAAUCUGAGAACAUUUCAUAAGAGAAAAAAGUUCAGGGGUUUAUUGCUUGAACAGAGUAGUAGUCAUCUCUCUUUUUUCAAGACUAGCUGUAACUUUUUAAAGUCAUAACAUAUUGGCAGUGUUUAUGUAACUGGCCCCAGAUCUCAUGUCUUUUGAGGAAGUUAACCUGGUGAUUGGUUGAGAAGUUGCUGCUGUUGUUUUGGCUCAGUAUGUGUGGUUUUCUUUACUGGUAAAUGUAAAAAGUUUGCAAAAGAACAAGAAAAGAUUGAGCCAUUACUUAACUGUUGACUUUUUGAGUUCACAAUUUUAGAAGCACAUUAAUCCAUUUAACAAAAGAACCAAAAAGCACAUUGACAAAAAGUACAAAAGCAGGAAAUUUUCAGCACACUAAUAUAGGCACAUCAAAAGGUAAUGUCAAUGGUCAAACACUGACAUUGUCCAAAGAAAAAUCAAUUUGAUUGUAUAUUUUUGUGGUACAUUUGUCAGCAUUCAAGGAACAAAUCAGACGUUAUCACUUGAAAUUAUUUUGUCAGCUUGCAACACCACAUUUCAAACUGACUCCUUGAUAUUGUAUAAAAUAAAUAAAUUGCAUGUUCUUGUCUGGGAAAUGUUUAAAUUAUGUUGUGUGAAACUGUCAAGUGAUGUUUUUGCUGUGUCUUCUGUAAUACUUGUCAACAGGACAUUAAUAUAUUGUGUCCAAAUGUUCAUUUAACAUCUUGCAGGUUUAAAAUGAAGGAAUUUCUGCUCCUAAAUGUUUUUGAAUAAAACUUUUGCAACUUCAA